AUGCACAAGCGCAUACGGUUCAUUCUUGCGGCGUUCAAUCUCUUGUACUCCGCCGCCGCCGAACUUGUUUCGAGGAAUUCCAGUUAUUCUCUGCAUGGUGCGAAGCGAAUGCAGGGCGGUUUGCACUUACCCUUGAGCCGGAGGCUUAUUCCUAAACGGAUCGCGCUCAAUGCGGACACCGGCGUAGCGGGACUUGGGGAUUUUUUUGAUGUGACGUAUAGUGUCCUUAUAGACAUCGGCGGCACAACAUUGCCUGUUGUCCUAGAUACGGGUUCCUCGGACUUGUGGGUACUGUCCAACACAUGCCAGGGAACAUGCUCCUCAGCAAAUACGACUCUUUACCCACCGAACACGUUCCAUGAUAUGGGCCUGGAUGCAACCAUAGUGUACGGCGAUUCGAAGACUGGCACGUAUGCGAGAGGGAUUAUCGGAUAUGACGCGGUGUCGCUGGCGGGUCUUACUUUGCAAGAUCAGUAUUUCGCAGCGAUCAAUGAUACCAAUACGUCCGUGGUUCAGACCAGGUGCUCUGGGAUCUUCGGACUCGGUUUUCCUCUCAACAGUGUGAUCUGGACCGAUAUGUUCCUGAACCAACGUCAGCAGAAACGUCGGACGACGACCUCGUCCGCUAUCAUUUCUUCUUUCGGAGUAUCCGGUCCGUUUAUCCCUCGCCUUGCUUCGCUCGGAGGGCUUGCCUCACCCAUGUUCGCGAUUGCGCUGCAGCGAGAUACAAUCGAAAUUGGGGGGAACGAAGGCAUGCUCUCGAUAGGUGGACUGCCGCCUGGGGUCCAAAACGAAAGCCUGACAUGGGUUCCUGUGCGUAAAUAUACGCUUCAACAAGACGGCCUGACACAAGAUACCUCCCUCGAGGCAUAUCCCAUUGCUUGGGAGAUCCCAGUAGACGAUGUCUUUCUUGACGGCGUGAAACUUCCGCGGUCACAGUUAUCUUCUAGUAAUAUCUCGCUGUCAGCGCUGAUUGACACAGGCAAUUCUUUAAUUCGUGGUCCACCUGACGUCAUUUCGUACAUCCAGAACAUGCUGGGGGGACCUCACUUUGCCUGUUCUAUCUCUCAUACACUGGCAUUCCAGAUUGGUGGUCGCAUGUUCCCUGUCGACCCAAGAGACUUCAUCAACCAGGUGCGCUCGGGAAACGCACAGGUGUGUGGGGCGAAUCUUGCACAAACUGAUGUGCCUGUUCUCGGUGGGGGUGGAUACCUGUACAGCUGGAGUCUAGGGGAUCCGUUUCUGAAAGGCGUACUCGCAGCGUUCUAUUACGGCUCUUUCACAGAACUUUCGCAAGACCCUCCGCGUAUCGGGCUCCUAUCUACCGUUCCUUCUGAUGCCGGCCAACGCUUAGAGGAUGCUAUCUCAGCAGCAUCUGAAGAACAGUACGAUCUUCCUGGUUAG